AUGUAUGAUCCAAUUGGCACUGAGAAGGAGUUGGAACCAGCCGAGAAGAGAAGGGGAAAUCGAGCUCGAGUAGAGGAGGAAAUCAUUGAGCUUGAAACUGAAGAACCCAAUGAAGAGAGUGAAGAAGAUGCUCGUAUAUCGAACAUAAGGAAGUGCAAGUCUGGAAAGAGGAUUGCAACUGAUGGUAGGAAAGAAAAAUCAAAUGCACAUAAUAUCCCAAAGGCGCUGGCUGUAGCUAAAGGUCUCAUUAAGAAGAGUGUAAAGGUUGAAGAUCCAAAUGGGAUAUCAUGGGAUGUUAAACUAAGGCUCGAUGGAAAGGAACAUCGCUGUGAUCGUUUGUUCAUGAAAAAAUGGCUGUCAAAAUGUUUUCAUGCAAACAACAUUUCACUUGGGGACACACUGGUUUUUGAGCUUUUCAACGCAAAGAGCGGUGGAACGAAAAUAUAUAUUUUCAGAGGAAACAGUUAUGUUUUAUUGGAUGCCUCCAUUGUAGAAUAUUAA